GGCCAGUUUGAUAUCAACCUUCGAUAAUGAACGUUAUUCGUUUCACCGCCCUCGCUCUGCUCGCAUUUGCCAAUCUGGCCCUCGGAGAAGUCGAGGAUUGCGGCUCAGAGGAAGGAAGCUUGGAUGCUGUGGAAAUAUCAGAUUGCAAUUUGGACACAAUGAAAGCCUGCCCAUUGAAAAGAGGAGGUGAGGUCGUCAUGAAGAUGAAAUUUACAACAAAGAAACCAGAAACAAACAUUACCACUGUUGUUCAUGGAAUUCUCGGCCUAAUUAAAGUAAAGUUUAACUUACCGGAUGGUGAUAAUGCCUGUUUGACAAGCGGUCUUGAAUGCCCUCUUGAAGAGAACAAACAGUAUACUUAUAGUGCAUCGUUACCAGUCCUUAACAAAUACCCAAGGCUUUCUGUAAAGGUGCAGUGGGAAUUAAAAGAUAGCGCAAAUAAAAACAUUGUCUGUGUUAAGAUACCUGCGAAAAUUGUGUAAUGUCGCACGUUUCCAUUCCUAGUGUGAAAAAUCGGUCACUAUCAGCUGAUCCUAAAUGUCAUUUUGCCAUUUAAGUAUUACUGUGCAUGUAAUGCUAGUUUUAUUAUUGGUGGCUAAUAUCGUCUUUACUUUUAAACUAUUUAGAUUGGCUACAAAAAUAUGUUUCUACUUACUGUCUACUUCAGUCCAUUUAAUAUUUUAAAAAUAUAUUUGUUACAAUAUAGUAAUUUAAGGUUAAGUUAAUUAAAUUGUAGCACUAGCUGAGAAAUAUACAUGCACACAAAAUGAUGAUGUUUUAUGAUAUUAAAUUAUAAUAAAAUAAAAGUUAUGACACUUAGAUUUUCAA